UCCACUUUCCCCUCAGCCAAACACGUCCUUUAGUAUUUCAAUACCCAACCAAGGAUUACUUCAAUCUCUUUCGUUUUGUACGAACUUUCUAUUUUUUUCUCAACUCUUUUACUCAAUAACUCAAUUCUGGGUUCUUUAAUUGUCUGAAGAUUCAAUAUUUUCCUUUCUCUUUCCUGAUCCAGACAAAACCCAUUAAAUCUCAGCUUCUCAUGGUUUGAUUCUGUUAAAGCAGAAAAGAGUUUGACAUGGGUGUUACGUUUAAGGUAUCAAAAAUUGGUUCUAGGUACAAGCCCAAGCCUUGUUUUCAAUCGGAGGAUUCAGUUGAUGUUGUCUCUAAGAAUUCUAAAGAGAGCUCACGGUCUAGAAAGCUCCAGGGUGAUAUUGUUGAAGGCAUUGAGCGUGUUCCUGGGGCGUCUCAAUCAAUAAUUUCUGAUGAAACGCAUCGUGUUCCUGCAGACCAUGAAAUUUCCUUCACCUUGAAUCUUUACCCAGAUGGCUAUUCUAUUGGAAAGCCCCAAGAGGAAGCUUUGCAUACCAUUCCGGAUGCUCCAAAGUUGCAUCCAUAUGAUAGGUCAUCUGAAACUCUCUUUGCAGCAAUUGAAUCUGGCCGGUUGCCUGGAGAUAUUUUGGAUGAUAUACCUUGCAAAUAUGUUGAUGGGACACUCAUAUGUGAGGUGCGUGAUUAUCGGAAAGUUGCACCUCAUCAAGGAUCUAACACCCCACCAAUUGAUGGAUCCCCUAUCAUCAAGAAAGUGUGUCUUAAGAUGUCUUUGGAGAAUGUAGUGAAGGAUAUUCCAUUGAUCUCAGAUAAUUCAUGGACAUAUGGUGAUUUGAUGGAAGCAGAGUCUCGGAUAUUGAAAGCCUUGCAACCACAACUUUGUUUAGAUCCCACUCCCAAACUGGACAGACUCUGUACUAACCCUGUUCCAACUAAGCUUGACCUUGCUUCAUGUAGCUUGAGGAGAAAGAGAUUGAGGCAGACUCCAGAAGUUACAGUCACCUCUACUAGUAAGAUACAUGGAAAUAAGGUUUACAUAGACAGAGUGACAGAAAGCUCUAAUGGCAGGUUGGGAGAGGCUGGAAUUGUUUCAGGGAGUUUGAUGCUACAACAGGAAAAUCUGAUUUCUCAAAGUAUUGGUCCGAGCAAUAUGCUGGGAUUAAGACCUAAAAGUUUUGUGCAAGAUUCAUCCAUUCCAGCACUACCCAUGGCAUCACAGUCACCAAGGUAUCAGAUGGGGCUUGCGAAUGCUAGGAGCAUGCAGGAUCAUGGGUCUAGCUCUUUUGUCAGUGCAUCAGCUGCCUCCCUUGUUGGGCAGGACGUGACAAUGUCGUACACUGACAACAUAAACUCUGGUGGUUCUCUUCUUGGGAAGAGGGAGAACCUAGAUGGUCCAAUGUCACCUUUAUCUGGCCUUAGUAAAAGAACUAGACUUAAUGCUAUUGGCGCAGACGGGAUGCAACAGCAACAAGUUGGGCCACAUAUGGAUGGCCUGCAUGGACAGGAUAUGAGCUGGAAGAAUAUAUUACUUCCCCAACAAACAAUUGCAAGAGGAAUUCAGUAUGCAAAUACGGGCAUGCAGAAGCACCCUCAGCAGGUUUUUGAAGGGGUUCUGAAUCAGGAGGCUGGUGCAAUGCCAUUUGCUGCAGGACAUCAAGCAUUGAGAUAUGGUGCUAAGGAAGAGCCAUUUGAUUCUACUGACAAGUUGGAUGGCUCUGAGCUGAACCGGGAAACUGAUGCAAACCAUUUGGACCCACAGCAGACACGCCUUCAACAAAGAUCAUUGCAUGGAUUUGCAAGACCUGGUUUCCCUCAAACAACUUGGAACAACAUUAAUCAGCAUUUCGAGAAAGAUGCGAGAAAGGAAGAAUUCCAAAAAAGGAAAUUAGUGCAAAGCCCACGUUUAUCAAGUGGAGCUUUGCCUCAAUCUCCGCUAUCAUCAAAAUCUGGGGAAUUUUUAAGUGGUCCUGUAGGACCUCACUUUGGAGCAUCUCUAAAGGAGAAAGCUGUCAACUCAGUUCCUGCUGUUGGUGGUACCCCAUCUUUGACUUCAAGUGCAAAUGACUCUAUGCAACGGCAACACCAGGCUCAAUCUGCUGCUAAGAGAAGAUCAAAUUCCCUCUCCAAAACACCUGUAAUAAACGCAGUUGGAUCUCCCGCAAGUGUUAGCAAUAUGAGUGUUCCAUUAAAUGCAAGCAGUCCUUCCGUUGGUACCCCACCUUUGGGUGAUCAAACAAUGCUUGAAAGGUUCUCAAAGAUUGAAAUUGUUACUAUGAGGUAUCAAUUCAACAGAAAAAAGAACAAGGUUGAUGAGUACCAUGUCCGGAAACCCAGCUCACAUUCUCCUCAACUAAUGUCAGCCUGUCUAACCAGUCUUUCCAGUAAUGAGGACUUGAAAGACGAAUUGAAUCCACUAUCAAAGUCACUUAUUGGUGGAAGUAUGAAUACCUGCAAAAAAAGAAUCUUGAAUUUUGUACAGGGGAAUCUCGUUUCUCUAGUUCCUAGGGUAAGAACUAGAAUGGUAAUGUCUGAGAAACCAACUGAUGGGACUGUAGCGAUGUUUUCUGGAGACAUAGAUGAUGGUGAAAUUCUUAGUGCAGAGGAUCAUAUUUCCCACCUUCCUACGCUUCCUAAUACUUACAUGGCUGACUUAUUUGCGGCGCAGUUUUGUUCACUGAUGCUACGUGAAGGACAUCACCUUUUGGAAGAUAAUGUUCAGGCAAAACCAACUCGUGUGCUUAUGGCCUCAAGCAGUCAACCAAAUCCUGCUGUAGCUUUUCCCAACAAUUCUGCAGGCGAUAUGCAGCAUACUAUGCAGCAGUAUCCUGAAGCUGUUCCAGGUCAAGCAAUCAAUGAGGUGGCAAAGCAGAAUAGCGGUAAUAAUAUUUCUUUAAAUCCAUCUUCGAGUGCUCUAGGAAACAGUAGGAUGUUGCCUCCUGGAAACCCUCAGGCCUUACAGAUGUCCCAAGGACUAGUGUCUGGGGUUUCAAUGCCUGCAAGGCCAUCACAACUAGAUCCACAACCGCAACAGCAACAGCAGCAGCAGCAGCAGCAAAGUCAACAGCACACUUUGCUUCAACAACAGCAUCAGCAGUUCCAGAGAUCACCAAUGAUGCUUACAUCAAAUCCUCUCUCACAUUUGAAUGCCAUUGGGCAGAAUUCAAGCAUGCAUUUGGGUAAUCAAAUGGUCAACAAAUCUUCAGCUCUCCAACUUCAGAUGAUACAGCAGCAACAGCAGCAGCAGCAAUUGCAACAACAACAACAGCAGCAGCAGCAGCAGCCAUCGCAGCAGCAGGUACAAAUGCAGAGGAAAAUGAUGGGACUAGGUGGAGCUGUAGGCAUGGGAAAUAUGGUCAGAAUUGGAGGCCUGGGCAAUACCGCUGGAAUUGGAGGUGCAAGUGGGAUUGGUGGAACAGGAAUAUCAGCUCCAAUGACUGCUAUUUCUGGCAUGGGAAAUGUGGGCCAAAACCCAAUGAAUCUUCCGGGUGCAAAUAUAACCAAUGCGAUAUCCCAGCAGCUUCGAUCUGGUGCACUAACAACACCCCAAGCUGCCUUAAUUUCAAAAUUAAGGAUGGGCCGAGGAAACAUGUUAGGUGGUCCUCAAUCGAGCAUCAGUGGGAUAUCUGGAGCCAGACAGAUGCAUCCAGGUUCUGCUACCCUUUCUAUGCUGGGCCAGAAUCUGAACCAGGCUAACAUGAGUUCGAUGCAAAGGACUGCUAUGGGGUCCAUGGGUCCUCCAAAAAUAAUGUCUGGGAUGAACCACCUUUACAUGAACCAGCAGCAGCAACAACAGCAGCAGCAACAGUUGCAAUUGCAGCAACAACAGCAGCAACAGUUGCAAUUGCAGCAACAACAGCAACAGUUGCAAUUGCAGCAGCAGCUGCAUCAACGGCAACAACAACAGCUGCAGCAGCAGCAAUUACAACAACAACCGCAGCAGCAAGAAACAACCUCACCACUACAGGCUGUCGUAUCACCUUCACAGGUAGGCUCGCCAUCAACCAUUGGAAUUUCACAAAUGAAUCAACCACCUCAGCCACAGCAGGCCCAGCAACAGGCCAGCCCACAACAAAUGAAUCAAAGGACUCCCAUGAGUCCCCAACUGAGCUCAGGUGCUAUUCAUGCAUUAAGUGCUUGUAACCCAGAGGCUUGUCCACCCAGCCCACAGUUGAGCUCUCAGACCCUUGGCUCAGUUAGUAGCAUCGCAAAUUCUCCUAUGGAGCUUGGUGGGAACAAAAGCAACUCUGGUGGAAAUACAUAACAUGUUCUGUGCAGUAUCAUCUUAUUAUACUAAUUCUAGAGCCGCCUCAGUGCCAAGCUAUCCCUCUCGUGAAAGAACGUUUAAAACUAAUUUUGCAGACAGACCAGCAUCAGUCUGUGAAAGCAGUUUGGUUUGUUGAAAAGGAAACGGUUAAUGUUUGUUCCAAUACUCUAGCCGACUAGGUGCCUAGCUAUAACAGACUAUUUACAAUGAUGGGUCGCUUUCCCUUGUCGUCCUAGGAUUUUUCGUUUUAUGUAAAAAUAAGUGUAGCACUAGACUAGUUGGUGUGCCUAUUUGUUAUCUAAAGUUAUGGGUUUGAAAUUGAAUACCCUCUUCCCAAAAUAAUACAUUUCAUAGUUAUUAUGAUUGUAUUUGCACCUUUCAUUAAUUUUCUCAGUUCUUACAAUUG